AUGCGGUUCCAACCAGGUGAUCUUGUUCAGCUGAGCUUGACGAUCAGUCUUGAUGGUACUGAGGGCACCAUGACCGCACGGAACUUGAACAACGGCCAAUCAAAGACCGCCACUCUGUCGAACAACAGCUUCACCUGUCGCUCAUUUGCCGCAUGGAUGUUUGACGCUUGGUCGCAGGCAGACCUCACUGGCCUGGAGAUGCAAUUUGACAGCUGCGUGUACUCGCGGAACGGAGGCGCACCGAUUGCAGGCAUCAGCAGCUCCACUUUGGUUAAUGAGAGCUGUACUGUUAAGAGAGAGGGAAAUGACGGUCUCUUUAUCAGCAAUUGA